AUGCAGGGCUCACCCCCUGCUAAAAUAAAGGUAAUAAUAAAAUAAGUCAUAGUAAACUUGAGUUCUUACUGAAGAAGCCAGACAAGAAACGGAGGAUAGUAAGUGCACCAGCGGCAACCACAGAGGCACAGGACCGUUGGCAGCCAGGAACUCAGCUGGACCUGACUGGAAAGUACAGCCGCCCUUCUUUUCCAGAUGUUUUUCUCCUUGUCAGUUUUUGGUUUGCUGGUGUAUAACACCAACAAUUAUGGGGCUAAGAAGCAAGCAGGAAAGAAAGAGGCAUGGAAGCCCAUUUCCAUCCAAGACCUAUGCUGUUACAUCUCACUGGUCAUUUACAUGGGGCUUGUGAAGUUGAAAAACAUGAAGGACUACUGGAGAACAUCAACACUCUACCAACUGCCUUUUCCCACCACUGUCAUGUCUUCUACCAGGUUUCUGACUACCUCGCGGGCGCUUCAUAUCAGUGACCUACAAGCUGACGACGAUAAUGAGAAGAAGAGAGGCACAGCAAGCUUUGAUAGGCUCUGCAAAAUCAAACCUCUCUACUCCAGCAUGGUUGAGGCCUGCAAGACCCAAACAUAUCCCAAUUCCAGCUGCUGUAAAGGAUUACAAAAAGACAAUGAAAUGGUAGAAGACAUUGUUCUAUCACUUCAUCGACAUUGCUGUGGUGAAUGCAUUCAUUCUCCAGAAGGAAAUGGCAAAGAGCUGCUGACUAUCGCACAAAUUCCACUGCAGGACCUUCUGUCCCCUCUAACUCUGUCCCUUUUACUCCUGCCACCAGUGGUGUUCACCUGCCAAAAUACAUAA